AUCACAGUUUCACUUCCGGGUCACAGGUCACCGCACAAGCUAACAGUCUAUGAAGCUAAAACAAGUCAGACAAGGCGGCAAUUAAUGUCAUUUUUAAGUAUUACUUUAUUUUUAUUUUUUACCGUGUCUAUAACAGGACACGCGCUGACUUAAGAGUGCAUACCAAAAAUAGAGUGAUAACAAACAGCAUUCGGGUUUUGGAAGCUAGCUUGAACACAUCACAGGUUCACUUCCGGGUCAGAGGUCACCGCGCAAGCUAACUAGAAGCUAAGCUAAACUCGGUUAUGUUUAGGCUAACUUAAGGUGUCUUUCCAUUAAAAAAACGCGUUUUAUUAGUGGUUCGUUUGAAAGAUUAAUCCCCCAAGUCUUUGCUGCAUUGGGAAGUGGUCUACAAGGGUCACGUUACGGUUUUUACUUGCUUUUUAUCUUGUGGGCUAACUUUGCUGGCUAACUUGAACGGUUAGUUGUCAGUGGUAACCUAGCAGCCAAAGCAUCAUAUCAUGGAAACAUGAAGAUAGCUUUUUGCUAUAAUUCGGCUUUGAUUCUGCCCUACUUGGUAUCUGGUGCAUUUGACUUGAUUAAAUAAGCUUAAUAAGGCAUUGCUGUUCAUGCACGUAGCAUGUAAAUAACUAUUUAGGAGGCUAUGUUAUGAAAACGAGCAUAUCGAAAAGCACAACAAUGUUUAGCCAUCAAAAGUGACAGAAAACAUCGUGUAGCUAUCUGUCGCUGCACCAUCAGCUCAGUUUCUGGUUAGAUAUUUUAUAAACACACUAUGGCCAAGAUGCCUGCUGCUGUUGAGUGGGAUAAAGUGAUGAGACUCAACCCAGGAAACCUCCGAAACAUUGAUGAGGACCAGUUGAAUGAAGUCUUCGACAUGUUCAUUUCGGCUGAAGAAUGGGAGGUGAAGGACAGACCUCCGGAGAACAUUAUUCAAGUCAUCAGAGUGUUUCAGACCCUGUUAAAGAUGAAGGAUCAGGAGCUUGCUGUCACUUCUGAUUUCAUUGAAGAAAUGGGUGUAAAGCAUGCUAAAAAAGAAAGGGAACUCCUCUCCAAGGUGUCACGGCUGGAACAAGACACUAAGCACACCGGCACAGGGCCAGACACCCGCUUUCUCAGGGAUGAGAUCCGGCAACUCGAGACUCAGCUGGAGCAGAGGGAGAAGGAGUUGACCCAAUGCAAGAAAGACAUGGGCAAAGAGAAGACGACCAACAAGGAGUUGCUUGCACAAGCAGAGGCAGCAGAAGAAGAGGUCAAGAGGCUGAAAAGAGAGAAUGAGCAGCUUCAGCAGGAUGUGGACUUCUACAGAGGGGAGCUGGAGCAGAAGGAGCCAGCUCCAUCCAGAGAUGAGAACGCAGAGACCCAGAGGAAGCUCAACUUGGCCAACCGCCAGCUCUGCCAGUACUUUGAAGACAUACAGCGCGUCGAGGAUGAAAACUCAGACCUGAAGACUCAGAACGAGCAGAUGCAGAAAAGUCUGGAAGAGUCUGUGAAAGAGAUGGAGAAGAUGACGGACGAGUACAACAAGAUGAAGAUUGUAGUACAGCAGACGGACUCCAUCAUGGACCAGCUCAGGAAAGAGAGGGAUCAUGCAAAGCUUCAAGUGAGAGAGUUAACAGAUAAGAUUCAUAGCAUGACUGAAGAGGAUGAUCCCAUUAUGGCAGCAGUCAAUUCCAAAGUGGAGGAGUGGAAGAGAGUGCUCUCUGGAAAGGACGAGGAAAUCUUGGUGUACCAGCAGAUGAUCCGCGACCUGAGGGAGAAGCUGCGCUCAGCACAGUUGGACUUGGAUAAGAGCAACAUUCUUGCCUUGCAGCAGGCCGUCCAGGAGAGGGAUAAUCAAAUCAAGAUGCUGAGUGAGCAGGUGGAGCAGUACACGGGGGAGAUGGAGAAGCACACCCUGCUCAUUGAGGAGCUGAAGACUUCCACUAAGAAAGACAAAGGCCUGCCCUCCACUGCACAGCAGAGAAGGAUUGAAGAUCUGAAAUCCAAGCUAGAAACUGCAGAGGCCAGAGCAGCAGAGGCAGGGCACAUGGUGAAGCUUGCAGAAGCUCAUGCUGAGGAAAAGGAUAAAGCACUCAUUGAGGCCUCAAACCGCUUGAUCCAGUAUGAGUCUGGCACUUAUGGUCUGGAAGCAGCCAUUUUGGAGAUCAAAGAGAGUCAAAAUCAAAUUAAAGUGAGAGAUCGUGAAGCAGAGGCCAUGACCAAAGAGAUCAACCAGCUGGAGAUGAGAAUCAACGACCUCAUGGAUGAAAAUGAGGACUUCAGAGAGAAACUGGGUCUGGAACCAAAGCAGGAAGUGGAUCUGACAGAGUUUAAGCGAGCCAAAGAACUCAGACAACGGCAGUAUAAGGCAGAAAACCAGGUCCUCACUAAAGAGAUCGAACGGCUUGAAGAGGAGAGACUGGAGCUGAAGAAAACCAUCAGGCGGAUGGCGAAAGAGAAAGGGAUCCCACAUUCAAGCUUACUUCAAGAGGAGGACAUCCUGCCCGGCAGAUCUGUGCACCUCCCACACAGACAAGGCAGCGCUCACACAGAUGAGGAAACACGCCUGAAAAAUGAAUACCUUGUAAAAGAACUCAGUAAAAAGGAGAGAGAGAUGGAACUUCACAAGACUCAAUUUCAUGUCAAAUUGGAUGAGCUGUCAAAAGUUAAAAAAGACCUGGAGGCAGCGCUCACAGAUGUCCUCCGAGCAUUGAGGAUUAAUCAAGAGAACAUUUCAUCUGGUGCUGCGAUCAAUAUUCCAAGUCUUGAAAUGUUGGCUAAUGUUAUAGAUGUCAACAGCAUGAGUGGGCAGCCUGAGUCAGCUCUGCACUUGAAGUCUCAGAUACAUCAGCUGGUGGGGAGGAAUGAAGAACUGAGGCAGGAACUGAAAUCUGCUCGAGAGGAAGCCACCAGCAGCUUCACUCAGCUGGCCACAGCCAAAGAGAAGGUGAGCCAGCUGGAAGGUGAGUUGGACCUGUUGAGGAAGUCAGGCAGCGGUGGAGUCGUCUUCCGACCUCUGACCCUCCCAGAGGGCUUGGAGCCGAGCAGCACAGAGGUCAUCAGCUCUCUGAAUGAGUACUGUGUCCGACUUCUUCAGGAGCUCAAAAACAAGGAGGAACAAAUCAAGAAAGCGGUAGGAACGCUGGAGGAAUACAAAGAGAAGUUUUCUGUCACGAGCCACCAGCAAGGACUCCUCUAUAAGGAAUACAUCAGUGAGAAAGCAGAGUGGCAGAAGAUGAAAGAGACAUUAACAGAAAGAAACAAUAAGCUGGAGGAGCAACAACAGGUGGAUGCCGUUAAGAUCCAGGAAUUCAAAGAGCUGCUCCAAACCCUCCAGAAACACCCGGAGGAGAUCAAGAGGCAGUUUAGCGAAGCUUUGCGCACGCUGACCGUCCUGAAGGUCAACGAGAAGAAACUGACGAGGCGCUACGUUACCCUCCAGGAGCAAGAACAGCACCUGCGCAAAGAGAACGGCAAGCUGAGGGACGACAGCUGCCAAAUGCAGGCCUCCGUCACCCAGAGGAUAGGCUACCUGCAGAGAUUCAAGGACAUGGCUGCAUACAAGAUUGCAGCACUGCAGAAGGCCCUGGAUGACAGCGUGUCCUCAUCAGACCUGGAGAAGGCCAACAAACAGUACACAGAGCUGACAGUCAAAUACAGGGACAUGCUGCAGAGAGACAGCCGCCUCAUUCAGAGAACGACUAACCUGGAACAUCUAGAGAACGAGAAUGGUUCUCUUCAGGAGCAAAUCUCAGCCUUGAAUAAAGAACUGGAGAUCACGAAGGAGAAACUGAAUACUUUAGAGCAAGCGUGGGACACCGUCAGUGCACAUGGAUGUGAAAACAGCAUGGAUAAGGCGGACAAGGCCUUGGCCAACAACGAGAUGGUAUCAGCUGCCAGGCGCAUCACAACUCUGGAGAUGAAGGAGCUGAAUGAGAGGCAGAGAGCUGAGCACGCUCACAGAAUGUACGAACAAAUGAAGAACUCCCUCCGGCAGGUGGAGGACCGGAACUCAGAACUGGAGUCCAAGUUUGCAGAGUUGACCAAGAUGAACGUGGAGGCCCAGAGGACGGAGAGGGAGCUCAGAGACGAGCUGGCAGACAGCAUCAGUAAAGCUGUGAGUGAUGCUGACAGAGGCAGGAUCAGAGAGCUGGAGCGGGCCGAGGCUGAGCUCCGCACCGAGGUUUCUAAGCUUCAAGAAGUGUCUGAUGUGGCCAUGAUGCAGGCGACUGCUCUACAGGCCAGGCAGCAGUCCAAAGAGAAGGAAGUUGAAGCUUUGAGGAGGCAAAUACUGGACUUACAGUCCCAGUCAGAUGAAAAGUCCCUGAUUGCAAAGCUCCACCAGCACGUCGUGGCUCUGCAGGUCAGUGAAUCUUCUGCUUUGUCCAAACUGGAGGCUGCCACCUCUCGCAUCCAACAUCUAGAGGCCUACAAGCUCCGUGCCGAGCAGCGGCUGGAUGCCAGCGAGUCCGCCCUGUUCCUCGCACGCCAGGAGGGCAGGAAUCGCUCCAAGCACCUUCGGCAGACAAUCCAGUCUCUACGGAGGCAGUUCGCGGGAGCGCUACCUCUGCCCCAGCAGGAAAAGUUCUCUGUGAUGAUGGUCAGCCUCCUGGAGGACAAGGCGCAGGCUCAGGAGGAGAGGAAGAAGGCAGUGGAGGAGAGGAGGAGGGCAGAAGGCAGGGCGGAAGAACUGGAACUGAGACUGCGAGGACUAGAGGAGCUCAUAUCGACACUGAAGGAUGUGAAAGGGGCUCAGAAGGUCACUGAGUGGCACAAGAAGAUGGAGGAGGCACACCUGCUGGAGCUGAGGAAAGGCAGAGAGCUGGUGGUCCAAAAAGAGGAGAUCAGGUACCUGAAGAACCUGGUGGAGGAGCAGGAGAGAACCAUCCGCUCACUGGAAGAGGAGAGUGUGCAGCAUAAUGUGCUUCAAGAUGAACGCCAGCUUGUAUGGGAGCAACGAGAAGUGGAGCUGGAGCGCCAAGUGGAUCAGUAUGAAAAGCACCAGAACGAGAUCCUAAGCAGUGCUGAAAAGUUUGAGGAUGGUACAGGAUCCCUGCCAGACCCGAGUCUUCCUGUGGCUCACCAGCUGGAGUUUGCUCUGGGAAAAAUCAGAGAACACGUCCGCACCAUCGUGGACACACAGGCUGCCUGCAAAAACCUGGAUGAGAAGUUGAAAGAGAAAGAAGCAGCUCUGUGGAAGGCAGAACAGAACAUCGUGUCCAGGGACAAAGUGAUCAACGAGCUGCGUCUUCGGCUCCCUGCGGCUGCCGACAGAGAGCGACUGAUGGCUGACGUUUCCAGACACGAAGACGCCCACUCAGACUACCAGCCCGCCCUGAAGCUGGCUCACCAGACAAUUAAAGACCUUCAGGGUCGACUCGACAAAAAGGAGGAGGGUGUGAAGAAAUACCAAAACCAGUUGGCUCAGGCCAGACAGGAUCAAGAGGGUAUGAUCAAGAGACACCAGGAGGAGCUGAGAACACUGCAUCAGAAGUUGGACUUGCACACAGACACCUCAUUGGACACCUUUAAGCAGACAGCAAUGAGUUUGCUGAAGAAGCCCACUUUCAAAGUGCCAACCUCCAAGCACCUGGAGCGUCUGGCAGAGUUGGAGCAGGCCGUGUCCGAUCAGGACAUCUCGCUCUCCUCCGUCACAGAGAAGCUGAACCGGACCACAGUACAGCUGGAGCGACAGAGGAGCGCCAUGGAGUCACAGGCUAAGAAAUACACAGAGGAGACGUCAAAGCUCGAGGAGCAUCAUGCUGCCCAGGUGAAAGCUCUGAAUGGGGAGAGCGAGGAUCAGAGGAGUCAGAUGGCUCAGAUGGAGAAGGAGAUGAACUUCCUGCAGACUGAGCUGGCGGCCCAGAAGGAGGCCAACGUGCGCUCUCCCAGCAACACCAUGAAGAACCUUGUGGAACGGCUGAAAGCGCAGCUCACACAGAAAGAGAGGCAGCUUAAGGCUCUGAGCAAGGCUCUGCUGGAGCUGCGGUCAGAGAUGACGUCGGCCGCGGAGCAGCAGGUCAUCGCCAACGCUGCACAAAAGGAGGAGAGUCUCAACGUGCAGGUGUUGGUUGAUAGACACACUAAAGACUUAAAGGUGUGGUUGCAAGAACUUAAUGAAGAACUUCAAACUGCAAAAGACUCCGUCAAAGCAACCAGAGGCCGAGAGAGCGGCCUGAAAGAAGAGGUGGACAGCCUGAACCACGAGCUCCAGAGGACCCAGAAAGCCCUGAGACGCCUGCAGGCUGACAAAGAGGAGAAUGAGCACGAGAUGCAGGAGCUCAGACAGCAGAUUAAGAGACUCAGCAACGCUUUACAAAAUCAACCAGAAGCAGAUGGGAGAGGGCUUACCAUCGAGAAUCUGCAGAAGAAGAUACGGAGGCUGGAGUCUGACCUGGAGAAGAGAGCAGAGAAAAAAAUCAUGAAAGAUGAUUAUGGAAAGACCAAAGAUGAAAUAGUGCGCUGGGAAGAGGGGAAGAAAUGGCAGACCAAGAUGGAGAAGCUGAAGAAUUCGCUGAAGGAGAAGGAACGAGAGAGUGAAGCCCUGUCCAAGCAGCUCAGCACGCUCAAAGACCUUUAUGCUCGACUGGAGCAGGAGAAGAGCGCGCUGCAGAAAAAGCUGAAGGCUCGAGGUGUGACUGCCGAUCAGGUGGUGGGGGUGCGGUCCACGGAAAUGGAGAAGGAGGUGGAGGAGCUGAAGAAGAAGAACUCUGAGCUGGAAGCAGAGAUCUUAACCAUCAAAGAGCAGCAGGCGUUACCUCGAGAUGAAGCCAUGGAGAACCUGACCCUCAGAAACCGCUACCUGGAGGAGAGACUGCACUCCUUAGAGAACCAGAUAUCCAAAGAGCCCCCUUCAAGACCGUCUACCUCCGGACGAGGAACCGGCACUCCCUCACAGAGAGAUCAGGAGUUCCAGAAAGAAAACCUCAAGCUGGCCUCUGAGAACCUGGAGCUGCGCUUUCAGGUGGAGCAGACCAACAAAGAUCUACCAAGACUCAAGAAUCAAGUGUCCGAUCUUAAGGAGAUGUGCAGUGUGCUGAAAAAGGAAAAGGCAGAUGUGGAGAAAAAGCUGGCACAUAUACGAGGAGCUGGUCACAGUGGUAAAACGGUGCCUGAACUGGAGAAGACCAUCGGGCUGAUGAAGAAGGUGGUGGAAAGGGUGCAGAGGGAGAAUGACACUCUGAAGAAAUCUGGUGCACCUGCAAAUCAAGAAAAGAUAACAAGCUUGGAGCAAGAAAACCAAAAACUGAAGGCUGACUUUGAAAAACUGAAGAGUCAAAGUGAAGCUGAGCUGAGUUCAAAACUUGAAGCUAAAACCAAAGGCCUGGAGAAAAUAGUCAUGGAGAAUGAACGUCUCCGCAGAGAGAUCAAAAGGGAAAUGGAAGCUGCAGAGAGGCUGAGAGUGACCAAGACGAGCGUGGAAGUGACCAAUGAGAAGCUGGAGGCAGACUUAGAGGAAACCAAGCAGAGACUGCGAGCAGCGUUAUCCAGACCCAUCGCAGAGGGAGCGGACAGAAAGACCUGGAAGGCCUCUGUGGUGACAAGAAUGUUUGAGAACAAGAUGAAGGAGCUGGAGAAGGAGCUCGACCAGAAGACCUCCAAUCUGUCUGAGGUCAAAAACCAGCUGAAAGACGUGACGGAGCGAGAGGACAGAGCUCAGAUUAGCAUCCGGCAACUUGAAGAUCAGGUUGACAUGUUGAAAAGUUUUCCUGCUGCUUCAAAGACAGACGGAGGACUCAUGAAGGAGAUCCGGGCUAUGAGGCUGGUGAACACUGAGCUGCAGAAGGAGAACACAGAGCUGAAACAAAGGAUGAAUGAAUACAGCGACAGAUACGGAGAGACGUCCUCCAAACUAGACCACGGGAAGCUCAGAAACCUCCUGCAGGCCGCUGAGAGGGAGAAAACCGAACUUCAGACUGAGGUCUCAAAGCUGAAGAAAGAACUGAAGAGCUUUGACCCGACGUUCUUUGAAGAGAUUGAGGACUUGAAAUACAACUACGAUGUGGAGGUGAAGAAGAACAUUCUGCUGGAGGAGCAGCUGAGGAAGGUGUGUGACCAGUUUGGUGUGAAGGUAGAGCUGCCCAGCGUCUCCAUCAGCUAACUCAGGAUUUAAUCUACUUUGAUAAGUAGGAGCUUUUAAAAAUAUUCAAUACUUUUAAUCCAUAGACACCAAAGAUUCCCAUGAAACCUCAGUGAACUCCAGAGUUUAUAGCGUUAUGAGAAUUAUUGAUUUAUUGUGACUAAUACUGAUAGAUGUAAAAAUGUGACAAGGACCAAUAUUUAUUUAAAGAUUGACACUUUAUUUUUCUAACACAAGACAAAUAUUUACAGAGCUCACUCUUCCUCUAGAAUAAAGAAUGUUAAAUUAUUGUAAACUUAUUUGCAAUAACCGUCUUUAAUUUCUUACAAUGCAUAGAAUAAUAGCCGAGCAUGCAUCAAGCACGUAUUUGUAUGUUGUCUUGAUUUCUGCACACCUCCUGAUGUAAUGCAGAGUUCUUUUAUUCAGGCAGUUUGUGCAGACACACCAUUAAGACUCGAGCAUUAGUCUAAUUUGCUACAUUAAUAAAUAUUUUAAAGACAUUCCCUCACUCCAUCACCUUUAAAGUUGGAACAGUUUUCUAUUUUGGUCCAAUUCAAAAAGGGAAAAAUCUUUGGAAAGCUUGAAACAAAAGUUUACAUUCAAACAAUUCCUUCACUUCUUCAUCAGGCAGCUGUUUCUGUUAAUAAUGUAACGUUACUCUUUGUAAGUAGAAUAUAUAUUUCUUUAUAUUUGUACAGUUGUGGCAUAGUGUUUGUGUGUUUUUCAAUAAAGCUGUUGUAAAAUCUCUGAAUGUACACA